UAAAUUUGGUAAAUAUUUCACUAGGGUUUUGGUGCUUUAGCUCGUACUGUACGAUAUAAAAACUGCUGCUUCCACUUUUGAGAGCGUCACAAACUUUGGCUUCUCAACGCGGCAGCUGCGCCCUUCACCAGACGAAAAUGCCUAAGCAAAUCCAUGAGAUCAAGGACUUCCUUCUAACUGCCAGAAGGAAGGAUGCACGUUCAGUGAAAAUCAAGAGGAGCAAAGAUGUUGUGAAGUUCAAGGUUCGUUGCUCCAAGUACCUCUACACACUCUGUGUGUUUGAUUCGGAGAAGGCUGAUAAGUUGAAGCAAUCCCUUCCUCCAGGUUUGAGUGUGCAAGACCUGUGAAUCAUCAAUGCUGGGACAGUCUUUUUUUGAGUUGUACCUCUAGAUAUCUGUUUUUCUUUCAAAAGAAUCUUGCUUGGCAAUGGCUUUGUGUUAUUGUAUUCAAACAUUUAGGCAGUUGUGAUGUUAUUUGAUGAGCUUGAAGCAUGUAGACCUGGUUAUUCUGUGUUACUAUGAUUGGUCAGUUUUGCUUA